CAUACGUACAUACCAGGGCAGAUGGACAGCGUUUAUUAAGUGGUGCUGGCUACAUACUUGAAUAUGUUGUCUUGAAAUGCCAGCAAGCGGCAUCCUAAGUGCCCCAGUUUAGAGCCUCCCAAUUGUAUCUAUAGAUGAAUUAACGAGCAACCCUGUGCAUGCUAGUUCAUCCAGGCAAAACAACGAAUACCGCCCUACGCCGUGGCACUGCCUUGAUACGACACCUUUUUGGAUAUUCAGAAACUCAUGAUGCGAUGGUGGCACUCCGGCAGCGACAAAUGAGCAUUGAACACCUAGAUCAAGAGCAUUCAAAAGCAUUCAAAAAUGGCUUACUCUCCAUUCUAUCCACAGAGCUUGCAAUGCACACAAUGGCACAGCUGAUAGAUGGUCUACCGACAGCUUCAAUUGCUCGAAAGACCCGCGGUAGUGGCUUGAGGAUUGGCCAUCCGAUCUAUCGACAUACCGAGAUUUGCGACCCCGCAAUCCCGAUGGCGAAAGAAUUCAGAGAAACAUUUGACCCUUUACUGCUUGUCUUCGAUACUUUGGUGAUUCAGAGGUUCCAGAAGGCACUACCUGGUUCACGCUCGUUUCAGUUGUCUUUACUGGAGUUAAUGGCCAGAUCUGUUCAUCAAAUUGCAGUCCAUCUAUGCAACUUGGAGCCUAAGCUGCACACUAAAGAAGAUAUUGCUAGUGUCUUGUCGUGGAGACAUGAGCCCGAAACCGUUGAAAUAAUGCCGGGAGAGUGGUAUACUUUUGAGUCAAGGUUUGAGCCACACCCUACCCUAUUCUUUCAAGGGAUGUACAUGGACAGUGACCAGUAUCCUGAUGGUCUAGCUGAUGUUGCUGGAUACUGGGCAGAGGAUCUCAUCUUCGGGGGCGUUGUUUUGUUCCAGCAUACAGUUGAUGAGAACGAGCUUGGUGAUGCAUUCUUGCAUACUGGAAGACAAGGAGCCAACCAAACUAUCCGAGUAUGGAGACCGACAGACAGCCAGUUAGCUGACUUGAUGCUAUUCUUGACUUCAGAUCCGGCUGGUAAUUCGGACUGUCCACUACCAUUAAUGGCAACGAGUACCAAUUACCGUGUGGACGAUUGGGACGCUAUGGCAAUAUAUGGCAUAUUCCGGGAUCGUUGGGAACGCAAGCUGCCCCAAGAAAAGGACGUUUCAAACGUUAGGCUCAACUCUGGCGACUAUCCAGAGCUAGAACAGAUGUUUGUGAAUGUCAAUUCCGGUCCAUCGUUUGAUAUACCAGUCGCAUCUAGGUCGCAAUGCGCUCCAGUAGACAGAAACAUGCUGGAUGAACCGAGAAACGACAACGAAACAUUGGGGUCAUCGCAUAGCCAAGGUGGAAUCGACGCUUCCAACGAGGAAUAUGACGAUCUUGAUAACUUUUGAGGCGAUAAAUACUGAUACUGGAUAGGACUCACACUGACCCGAUUGUCGCACUUGUUGUUACAUGCAACGCAUCACCAAAAGAAUCUUGCACCUCCUGGUAUGGCAAUGACAAUCCAAGUCAACUAUAUGGCAGAUCUGUCUCCCGUAGCUACAUAAUAAAGAAC